UCUCUCUCACAUACACAUUCAACAAUAAAGAAAGAAACGAUUAAUCACGGAAGUUAACGAAAUCUUAUCAGAUUUUCAACAUCCGUUUCAUUGUGUUUUAAAUGAAAAAGUAAUGCUUGAAAGAAAUAUUCUAUACAAGGUGCUGUAAUCGAUAAGUGACGUAACAUGAAGCAAAGAUAGAAUAUUAUUUUAUAUUCGGGGAUUAAUAGUGUUAAUCAUGCAGUAUAUAAGCUAUAGCAAGAAAAGAAGUAAAAGUGUUAGAAAGUGUUAGUUCGUAUAUGUAGAAGAAUCGCGAAUUGAUCGAAAUUUUUCUACCAACGUACGGUUACGGCGUGCUAAAAAUAGAAAUAGUGACGCAAGCGAUAAGGUGGGGUCGCAUCGAUCAUUGGUCAACGUUGUGUUGAUAUCGAGCUUCUGAUUGGUUGACAUUAUAUAUGAUGAAAGUGGGGGAUGCGUAGAAUGACUGCGCAACAAACCUUUCGCCAGUUGGAUACCGAGUGAGCAACGUUUGCUUGAAAUACGUUUCUUGUACCUGCAUCUUUGCAAAGUCCAUAGUUGAUAAUUUUCAUAUUUAGAUCAUUUAUUUUUAUUAAGAAAUGAUUAUUAACUAUAGAUCAUUAGAAAAAAUCAAAAUUUAUUAGAGAAUUUAUAAUUUUUAAUACUUUUUUCGUGGUAGAAAGUAAUCCGUAUGGGUCGAUCAGUAAGACCGAUGCCAGGAAGAUUUUUAUAAUACGCCGAUGGAUUACUUUCAAAUAUUGAGAUAUACAUCAUGAUCCUAUGCUUACUCUUCGAAAUUCAUUAAUCCAUCGAGGGUAACUACAAAAUGCCACGUAUAGACCCAUUGUCACUACUCAAAUGUCUCAGUGUUUUACUGGGUCCAACAGGAGGUAUUAAAAGUAAAGAAGAAGUUAACCGAUUAGCUAACCUAAUGACGAAAUUUUCAAAGAAAUUGGUUUCCAAGUGCAUUUACAUACAAAUUUUAAAAACCACUAACACCGAUUUGCUUAGUCAAUUUAUGGCUGCCGGUGGAUGGAAUCUUAUUCAUAUGUGGUUGACUGAUGGUAUUCUUGCUAAAAACUGGGCAUUAAUUCAAGAACUUUUGGAACUCCUGUUAUUGUGCCCAGUGGAUGUAGACAGAUUAAAAAGUAACAAUUGUCCAAAACUUAUUAAAGGUUUAUCAAAAGAAGGAAGUCAUCAAGGUGUUAGAAUAUUAGCUAGUCGUCUUGUUGAACAAUGGCUGAAGAUAGUAAAAGGUGAAGUUGCACCAAAUUCUGUACCGGCCCAUAUCAUGACGAUACCAAUACAAAGUAAUAGUGCUACAGCACAAGGUUUAAUAAUUCAAUCAACUCAGCAACAACCACAACAGCAACAGUAUUCUAUCAAUAGUGGUAUACAAAAAGGCACAGACGAUGUGGAAAGUGUUACUGUACACGUACAAGAUUUGCAGUUUACACAAAGUCCACAGUCCAUUAUUACAACGACACAAGUUCAACAGCAAGUAGAAGAACAACAUUUACAAGAAAAACAUCCAAUGCAAUUACAAGUUGUUAGUAAACCACAACAAACACAACUUCAACAAGCUAGUCAACUUUCGACAAAAAAACAGUCUUUUGUUGUAGUGUCUUCCCAAUCGUCUGUUCCUUUAUAUAAAAUUACAAUAAGGGAUGGGAAACAAGUCCUUACAAAAGUAGAAACUGAUACCACCAACAUAACUUCAAAUAAUACAACUUUAGAAGUUAAUGGAGAAGUUAAAGACACAGUGUUUUCUUUAAAAGAAGAUGAAGAAAAAACAAAAAUUCUUGAAGGUAGUGAAGGAGUGCACAGUGAAAAAGACAAUAUGACAGAAGUGCAACCUGAACAAUCUGAUCAAAUCUCUAGUGAAGUGAAGCAAUCUACAAUUAGUUCUAAGGACAGUACUGAGACUGGAAUUAGUAAUGUUAAAAUAAUAGACAAUAAAGAUAGUAAAGAUAUUGUUUCAAGUGAUAGCAAUAAAUCUAGUGACAAAGAAAAUCGGGAUUCUCACAAAAAAGACGAUAAAAAAUCAAGUAGUGGUUCAGAUAAAAAAAGUGGUAAUCAUCAUCAUAGUUCAUCAUCCUCAUCUAAAAGUUCUUCUAAACAUGGCGCAAGCUCUAGUUCACAUCGUAGUAGUUCUACGUCUCAUCGUUCUAGUAGUCACCGUUCUUCAUCUAGCAGUACAUCAAAGAGUUCCACUUCUAAAGAUAAGUCUUCCAGGGAUAGAGACAAGCAUCACUCCAAUUCAUCUAGUAAGCAUAAUUCCAAUAAUAAAAAUAAAUCUGAGAAAGAACGGGAAAAAGAAAAACAAAAGAAGGAUCAAGCAGAGAAGGAUAAAGCGACGUUAGAAAAAGUACAAGGUCAAAUCUUAAGUUCCAAGUUAGGAAAAAUACCUAAAAAGAAAUCUGAAGAUAGUAAAACAAGUGAUGGAAGCAAGAAAAUAAUAACAGAUUCUCGAGAUAGUUCUAAAGAAAAUAAAGAUAAAAUCGAAGGGAAAAAGUCUGUUAUUGUGUCGGAGAAAAAGAAUAUUUCCAUUUCUAUCGAAAGCAGAAAAAAUACGCAAGACUCAGCAGCAAGACCGAAGACUGUCAAAACGUUUAACUCUAAGUUUAGGUCUACGGGUCUAGAAGAAGAAGUAAAACCUCCACCUCCCAGAUCAGCAAAAAAAUCGAGCCCCGUCGUUGACAAGAAGAUGAUGCCUCUUCCAAAGCUGCCAGUUUUGAAGAGACCUUCUCCACUGAGAGAGGUACUUGCACCAUCGGAUAAGAGAGCCAAGCUGUCCUUGGAUUCUCCAACUACACCCCCAAGCGAUGAGAAGAAAGGAGGCAUUAAAUUGAUACCACCAAAACCAAAACCAAUGAUGCUACAAGAAAGCGACAUGUUUAUGGAUGCAUUAACAGCAUCAACCAAAAGUAAAGAACCAAGGAAAAGAAAACGUAGAACUUCGAUAACUAAGGACGGCUCAUCAGAUGUAAAAAAGCAAGAAAUAACUAAUGCUGAUAAUCGUGAAAUUACACCACCACCUACAUCGCCAUCGAGUACCGAUGAAAAAUCUCCGGUUGUCCUCAAACCUAAUUUCAAAUUUUAUCAAGAUACAUUGGAAACGGAAGAAGAUAAAGAACAGAAAGAUAAAGAAAGUAAUGGAGAAGAAAUAAAAAGAGAUAAGGAAGAUAUUAUUGAUAAUCAAAAGGAUAGCAGAGAUAAUAACGAUGAUGAUGGGAGCAGUACACCGACACCGGAAGAUGAUACCGAAGAAACGAAAACAUCCGAUUCUCCAGAAGAGGCAUCAUCCGAUGGUUUGGAUUCAUUGAAGAAAGAAAACAGUCCUUAUCCUGAAAUUCGUUACGUUGAUGGACUUAGAAGUGUUCUUUUGUUACAAAAGCGUAAAGGACCGAAGAAAACUUUAAAAUGGAAGACAGAUUUAGAAUCGAUACGUUACUUCGAAUUGGAUGAGACAGAAAGGGUCAAUGUAACGAAAACUUUCACUGAUAUGAAACAGAUGGAGAAACAGAACGAAAGAGAAGCAUUCCAAAUGGCAAGAAAAUUAAGCAAUGAAGAUUUGAUGGAAGAGAGAACACGAUGGAAACCAUUAAUUCCAAUUGACUUACCUCCAGCAUUGGUGGAACCUGGUAAAGAUAGUAGAGAAAAGGAUAUUCAAUAUGCAAGAGAAAAAGGAAUUCUUCAAGCACUUUAUUUUAAUCGAAGCAUGAUACCUGACUCAGCAGCAGAACCAGACGAAGAACGUCAUCACAUAAUUACUGAUCCGAAAGUUAUUCCUUUAGACGAUCUCACAGGCAAUAAGGAGAGCGAAAAAGACUUUACAAAUAUAACGUGGCCAGAGCCGAAACCUCAGUUACCCGUUCAGCCUUCCACAAUAACAAACUUCCAUUAUCCACCUUAUUCACAUAAUCAACAGCCAAUGAUGGCACCUGUUGGUCCACAAGGACCAAUAAAUCCAAUACCUCAAAUGCCUCAACAGAUGAUGCCUCCAACACAUAUGGGGCAAAUGGCACCUGAAAUAGCAGGUCCUAUGCCUGCUGGUGGAGGUGGUUGGAGAACAGGAGAUGGGAAAGUUGUUGUACCUGAUGUAGGAAUGAAUCCUAUGGCGAAUAUGCCUGGAACAUUUCCUCAAGGAAUGGAAGGUGGUCCAAUGGUACCACCUGGUAUGAUGGGCCCACCACCGAUGUAUAAUCAACAAGAUGGUUAUGGUAUGAUGGGACCAGAAGAUAUGGGAUUCAAUAAUAUGAAUCCAAAUAACUUCCAAGGUCCUCCAGGACCUAUGUAUGGUCCUGGCCCUAAUUUUCAAGGUCCACGAGGUCCAGGAGGUCCAGGAGGCCCAGGAGGUCCAGGAGGUCCAAUGCAUGUUAGAGGCAGAGGUGGUCCUGGUCCUGGUUGGUAUAGAGGAUGUGGUCCUGGUAGGGGAGGUUGGAGAGGUGGCGGUGGUGGAUGGAGAGGGAGCGGCAAACAACCACGUGUUUGUAUGCAAUUUACCAAAAAUGGUUAUUGUCGAGUAGGCGAGAAAUGUCAGUACCUUCAUCCUGGUGUUAAUUGUCCACCAUUUUAAGAGAUCAAUUAAUAUAUUAAUCUUCCUACAAGUCUGUCAAAUGAAGAUACUGCCAUUAUCUGUUGCCCUAAACAAAAUUUAAAAAACAAGGCGAGUGUCUCGUGAGAGAGAUCGAAUCAUCAAAAUCAUCUGGGAAAUCAAUUGCUUUAUUAACUGUUGCAAUCUUUAGAUAAAACUGCAAAUAGCAGUAAAGUAAGAUGAAUUUGUAAAAUCAAUAAUUUGAGAGUAAUCAAAUUUGAAAUUUCAAAAAAUCAUUUUUUUUUUUCUCUAUGAUGAUAUUUUCUGUGUAAUUUCAUGCAGAAUCCACUGAGCAGCUAAGAGCAUUUAUGUUCUCCCGAAUAUUCAAGUUCUCGAUACGAUACAAGUACUUCUACUACCGAUGGCUUUACAUUUUUCACGAGAAUUUCUGCAGCUCAAGAGAACAUGUUUAGUCAUUAAGAGGUAUCUCUUAUAAACUAUUUUUCAACUUACACACAUACACACACAAACACACACACUCGUGCAUUUGUUUAUUUUGUUGCUAAUCAGAGAUAUUGGUCUUGAAGAAUGAAUAGAAACUUACGAGGUUCCCCAGCUGCUGGACAGCCAAAGGUUCCUGCAUAUUGUUUUAACCGUUACAAUACACAUACACAUAACUAUGUGCUCUAUACUGAAGCAAUCGCGCAGGACAUUUUAUAAAUGGCUAUUCUUAUGAUUUUCAAAAGGUCAUCCAAAAAGUAAAAAUAUAUACAAGUUCUUCGUGUCUUCUACUUCAUAAUAAUGAAUAACUUCGAAGAGGAACUAUAAACAAGUGGUGAAUGGUAAAUCAGGAGAACGAAAACUAAUAUAUCCCCUAACAUGUUCACUUUUCAGGUCUUCUUAAAAAAACUACGAAUUGUAAUGCUGCCAGGUUGCAGUUAUAAAAAGAUAGAAUGUAUUACGUCUCCAGAAAAACUUUAUCAAUAUUCUACAAUUUGCAUGCAUUAUCAUUAACAAUUCUAUGACUCGUAGAUUUCUAUAAAAAAAGAAAAAAAGAAAAAAAUAUAUAGCUUCUGCUAUAGAGGUGCGAUUUCAACUCUAACUUAUAUGACAGAACACCAAAAGUUCAAAUAGCAAAAUAAUACUUUUAUUAAAAUAAUCUCUAAACAAAAUAACGAAAAAUAUAUAUAUAUAUAAGUUUUGUAAAUAUAAUAAUUGUAAAAUUUUGUAUAAAUCAUAAACAUAAGUGUGAAAGGAGACUGUUAGAUAUGAAAAAUAUUUGAUUGUAUAGAAAUGAAUUUGAUGAUAUGAGAGUGCAUAUGAAUUGUGUAUAUGUGAAUGAGAUACCGUAUUAUAUUUAGUAUAUUAAAAAAAAAAAAAAAAACGCAUAAAGAAUCAAUCUAGUGAAAAAUAUUUACAAUAGCAUUGUAUUAAAAAUUUUUUACAUAUUAAGCGUAGCUAAUUUUUUGUAUAUGGUUAAU